AUGAAAACACAGAAUUAUCCUUUAAAGCUACCCUUCAUCUGUGACUACGACAGUGUAAGCAGCAGCAGCUUUGACAUGGAUCCUGUGAAUGCUAGCUUGUCUUGCCUCAAGGAGUCCAUCAGUGACCUCAGCAACACCUACACCACAGCUCUGCUGGCGUACGUCUUCACCCUGGCAGGAGACAUGGAGACCCGUGCUCACCUACUGAUUCACCUAGACACUAUUGCAUUACAAGAAGGAGGUUUCCUCCACUGGUCUCAGACAGCAACAGAAACGUCAGCCUCUCUGUCUGUGGAGAUCAGCUCCUAUGUGCUGCUGGCUAAACUCAGUGCCUCUCCGACUGUUGAAGACCUGGUCUACGCCAGCCGCAUCGUUAGAUGCUUGACUAGCCAGCAGAACUAUUUUGGAGGAUUCUCCUCCACACAGGACACCGUGGUGGCUCUUCAGGCUCUGGCUCUCUGCUCCACUCUGGUGUUCAGUCCAGAGGGUUCAAGCACAGUGACGGUCCAGUCUCCCAGUGGCCAGCUGAUGUUUGAUGUGAAUCAGAACAACAAACUGCUCUACCAGGAGAAGCAGCUGCAGGACGUGACAGGAAACUACAGCCUGGAGGUGAAGGGCACUGCAUGUGCAGCAAUACAGCUUUCUCUUGUCUAUAACAUCCCAACUCCUGCUGAUGUUACCACUCUGUGUUGAGGUCAAAC